UUUUGAUGAAUCAUUUGAUGUUUUUCUAUACGCGCGAGGCAAUCAGCUAGUCGUGUAUUGACCUAAAAUCUUUUGUGUUUUCCAAUAUUGAAACAGAUCCACUCAGAAUUACUCGAAAAAUAACGGUUGAUUCGUGCUAGCGCGAAGGACGACUAAGCAAAAAUUCCAAUUGGAAAAACCGAAGGUUAUUUUUGCUCUCUGGAAAUUUUCCAAACAACAUACACUUUCACAUCAUAUAAAUACUUGUGCCAGUCACGAUCUUCCCAGUCCAUUCUGCGAAAGCGAUGGCAGCCGUUCAAGACACAACACCUCAAGUUGACGCUCUUUUAGGAAGUCUGUUUGGGAGUGGUCAACCGAUAGGACAGCAGCUACAGCAAACACAGACCAUUCUACAAACACUGAAGAAUGAAGAUUCACAGAAUUCGUCACCAUUUGCAAAUGGUGGUUGGGAUGCGAUAGGGAAGUUGAUUGAACAGGCAGUGCACCCCGUGGAAGCGUCGUAUCACUUUUAUCAGCUAAAUGAAAGGCUAAACGACGCAGAGGGGAUGCUUCGUGACCUGUCGGCAGCGUCGGAAAAAUCAGCCGAGGAUGCACGAAAAUGGUGUGAAGAGUACCUACAAAAUGAUACUUUCUGCACAAAGCUGAAAAACUACUUUCUGCCGUGGAAAAAACAAGAAGUUGAACAACAAGUGAAAUCUUGGGAGAAAGCCCUGAAAAAAGAUUCUCUCAAGACAAUUGACGACAUGAAAAAUGGAAUCCGAGAAGCUCGCUGUAACUAUAUUUACCGAAAGAUUCAGUUCGAUACAGCCGUGUGUGUCCUUUCUGUCGCUGCUUCAGUGUACAAGAUGUAUACUGACGUGACCACAGUGAGGGCAUAUAAGGAGGAGUUGAAAAGCAUCGACGCUGAAUUGAGCAGCAUAGAGGAAGACAUAAGCAAUCUAGGCAACAGCAUAAACACUAUUGUCAUGGAAAUAACACAGAAUAAACCUCUGUCGGAACCUCUUCCCAUAAUUGCUUGGAGGGCCUCCGAUAUCCGUCGCCGCGCCCUGGCUUGCAUUGGCAAGCUCACGGAACAGCAAAAACAGCUGACCGGGAAAAGAAAUGCUCAUGCAGUGGAAGCAGGAAGAAAUAUUACCAUGAGCGUAUUGAAGGGCUUUGAAGCUGCAAUGACAGGUGACUUCGUAUCCCCCGCCAUGAAUGUGGUCAACUUCGCCAUCCCGGCAGUUUACGGCGCUGCAGGUGUCGGUCACUUGGGAGUGGCUGCCUACUGCCACAGCGUGUUAGUGGAGGUGGAAGCGAGGCUAAGAAAAGGAGAGGAACUACAAAUAAAGCUAGAUAAGAAGUUAAAAGAUCUUGAGGAGUGGAU